GGAGCCACCUGUAGCAGGCAGCGAGUAUUCCACGAAGGGUACAGCGUCUCUAUCAGCACCGUUAUAUUCACCGGCUGGACACGGGACUUCAUAACCGACUGGUUCUCCUCAGUCGAGCCGUUUUACAACCGAAGACUUGAAAGAUGUUUUUCAGUUAUCUGCCUGUCGUGUGUCUCCUGGGCGCUGUCGUUACAGAGACAACCUCCCAGAUCAGCACCGAGUCCAGGACCACCACAGCAGCAGUCAUCGGCAUCGUUACUAAGAACAGUAACUUUACCAACAGCAACCCAACUGACUCUACAUCAGGUCCAACCGGCACUACAAAACUGUCCACCGCAAUCCCAGAGACAAGUCUUCCCACCAACACCAGUGAGACUACAAAUACAACCACCACACCUGCUCCAGAUCGCACACAGACUACAAGUACACCCACACCACACACCAGCAAUGACACAACUGCUAUUACACCGACCCCAAACACCAGCAAUGACACAACUGCUAUUACACCGACCCCACACGCCAGCAACGACACAACUGCUAUUACACCGACCCCACACGCCAGCAACGACACAACUGCUAUUACAUCGACCCCAAACACCAGCAACGACACAACUGCUAUUACACCGACCCCACACACCAGCAACGACACAACUGCUAUUACACCGACCCCACACACCAGCAACGACACAACUGCUAUUACACCGACCCCACACGCCAGCAACGACACAACUGCUAUUACACCGACCCCACACACCAGCAACGAUACAACUGCUAUUACACCGACCCCACACACCAGCAACAACACAACUGCGAUUACACCGAUCCCACACACCAGCAACGAUACAACUGCUAUUACACCGACCCCACACACCAGCAACGAUACAACCGCUAUUACACCGACCCCACACACCAGCAACGAUACAACUGCUAUUACACCGACCCCACACACCAGCAACGAUACAACUGCUAUUACACUGACCCCACACACCAGCAACGAUACAACCGCUAUUACACCGACCCCACACACCAGCAACGAUACAACUGCUAUUACUCUGACCCCACACACCAGCAACGACACAACUGCUAUUACAUCGACCCCACACACCAGCAACGAUACAACUGCGAUUACACCGACCCCACACACCAGCAAUGAUACAACUGCUAUUACACCGACCCCACACACCAGCAAUGACACAACUGCGAUUACACCGACCCCACACACCAGCAACGAUACAACUGCUAUUACACCGACCCCACACACCAGCAACGAUACAACCUCCAUUACAGCCAUGACACAAUCGAGCAACAUCACAACAACUGCACGAACCAGCAACAGCACAGCAAGUACAAAUACAGUAACCCCAGGAAUCUCUACAGCUGUACUAACUUCAACUACACUAACAAACUCUACUCACACCUCUACUGAGAAUGCCACAUACACCACCACACCCUCAUUCUCAACUAUCAUCACAAAUGCAACACUCAACCCCUCUGGAACCCCACCCUCUUCACCCACCUCCAUCUCUACCUCCAGCACUCUCCCUGCAAACACCUCCCCAGGAAGUAGCACCGCACCCCCCAGUGGAAGUAACACCACCCUUAGUCCCUCAACAACAACCUCAGGAGUGACCAACCAUACCACUUUGACUCAUUCAACUGAACCAACUAGUGGCAAAACAACAGCCUCAUCUACCACCACUCCAACCUCCACCACCCCCACCCCCACCAUAAGUACUGUUACCACCUUCACUGGCACCACCCUGCGACCAACAGACAUCACCACCAAAAACUCCACCACCACUCCAAUCUCCACCACCACCACCAUCAGUACUGGUACCACCAUCCCUGGCACCACCCUGCGACCAACAGACAUCACCACCAACAACUCCACCACCACUCCAAUCUCCACCACCACCACCAUCAGUACUGGUACCACCUUCACUGGCACCACCCUGCGACCAACAGACAUCACCACCAACAACUCCACCACCACUCCAAUCUCCACCACCACCACCAUCAGUACUGGUUCCACCAUCACUGGCAUCACCCUGCGACCAACAGACAUCACCACCAACAACUCCACCACAGCUGCCCCAUCCCUCCCUCCAGUCAUAGUGUGCCCUGCCGUCUCAUGCCCACCUGAAAGCAUAUGUCUUAAUGGUACUUGCCAGUGUCUGUCUGGUAGCUUCCUGAUGAAUGACCGCUGUGCACCCGCUCAAGUGUUCCCAGGCCAGCUUCAUAUCACCUCCUUGACAUUUAAUAAUGAAAUGAGCAACAGGUCCUCAGCAAUAUUCCAACAGACGGCGGCUAACAUCUCAGCAGCGCUCAGAGACGCCCUCAAAGAUCUGCAGGGGUAUAAACAGUCUGAUGUUGUGCAGCUUGAACCAGGAAGUGUGCAAGCAACUGUAAAUAACAUAUUUGAAAACACCAUCGUAACUCAAGAGUCUGUUGAUCAGGCUAUUAAGAACGCUAAAGCAGCAAAUGGAUUGUUGGCUAACGCGUCAUUUACAGCUACAAACCUGUGUGAGCAGACACCAUUACCCUGUGAUAUCUCCACUACAAUAUGCAGAAAUACAAGUGGCCGGGCUGUUUGUUCCUGUAAAAAAGGCUACAUCUCUCUACGUCCGUUCUCCAUCAACAGCUGCAGAGCUUGUCCAAGUGGGUCGAGGGCAGUGGGAGAUAUGUGUCAACCAUGUGCAUUUGGAUACGCUGGCUUCAACUGCAAUGAUUCCUCUCUGCUGGCAGUGGUGGUCAUCUCCUGUGUACUGGGAGGAGUUCUUCUCAUCAUUGUCCUGGCUUUGGUCAUAUACUUUUGCUGGAGGAGAUGUUCAAAGAGCAAGCCGGACUACAGUAGCAGUCCAUACUCAUCAGGUGACAUAAACCAGCCCUGGCCCACUGGCAUCACCCCUAUCCCCCGUGCCUCCUCUAACUGUUAUGAAGCUCCUCCCAUAGAGAUGGCAGAAGGGGCCAGCACUCGUGUCCUGGUAGACAAAAAUCAUCAAGCCAACGGAUUGUCGGGAUCAUACGAUCUCAACCCAGAUGCAAUGCACACCUUCAAAGGUAAAAAUCCAUCCCGUUACUCCUAUCUGGUUCAAGGCCAUGAGAACCCCUACUUCUUACCAGGAGAGGACAAGAGGAACUGAUGAAGUCCAUGCAGAAAUGAGGAGCGUGGGAUAAAAAAGAAACCAAUGAUUUAAAACUCUGUCUACAGGUUUCCUGAGCAGGAUCAGGUUAUUUAUUCAUUCUUGAACUUGCUUUUAUUAAUGAUAAAUCAUAAAAGACAUUUCUUUACUGGGAAACAGCCACAAAAGAGAUUUAUUCAAACCAGCAGCAAGAACAUUAAUAUUAUGUCUGUUCUUUGAAAAGAGCUAAAUGCUGCAGAUCAUAACCAGUAGAUGUUGCUGUUGCUUACUGUAAUUUGACUUUUUUAUGCUUUUAAGAAAUCAUCCUUUAGUAUUUUUAAAUGAAGCUUCUUAUAUUGAUAAUUGCACUAAAGUGUUUGUUAAGUUUACCACCAGUUUUCCUCUGAAAUCAAAGGUAAAUUGAAUGUGGGCUUUCAGGGGCUACUGAAUAUUUUUCUUAUGGUUUUUUUUUUUGAAAAACUAAUCUUGUACAACUCAAAAGGGGCUGGAUCCCCAGUUGGGGGUACUUUUUAAAGGGAUUCAUAUUGUAGCUUUCUAAAUGUGAGUACUCUUUGAAGCUGCACUUGCAAAAUGUGCCUGUUUUUAAUCGUCUGUUUGACAAACAGGAAACAUACAAAGCUGGUGAUAAUACCUAUCUCCUGGAUGUGCCAAUUAUCACGUGAAUACAUUUCUUUUGAAAACUCAUAUAUACAGUAUAUAUACAGUACAGGCCAAAAGUUUGGACACACCUUCUCAUUCAAUGCGUUUCUUUUAUUUUCAUGACUAUUUAACUUGUAGAUAAAAAACAUCGUCUUAUAUUCUAGUUUCUUCAAAGUAGCCACCCUUUGCUCUGAUUACUGCUUUGCACACUCUUGGCAUUCUGUUGAUGAGCUUCAAG